AUGGAUAUUGUUAAUGACAGCCUCUUUGACAUCAACACCAACGAUUCGGAUCUCCUGUGUGAGCUCGUCUCAGGAAAAGAUCCUUUUUUCUGCAGGAACCGCUUUCAGCGCUUUAAAGAUUUAGACCAGACAGUUCGGAUUCUGCUCUAUUCCCUGAUAUUCCUGCUCAGCGUCUUGGGCAACACGUUGGUCAUCAUCGUGCUGAUCAGAAACAAAAGAAUGAGGACCGUCACCAACAUAUUCCUGCUCUCGUUGGCCAUCAGUGACCUCAUGCUCUGUUUCUUCUGCAUGCCCUUCACCCUCAUUCCUAACCUUCUGCAGGACUUUAUUUUCGGCAGCACCGUAUGCAAAAUUACCAGUUACUUCAUGGGGGUCUCCGUCAGCGUAUCCACACUCAACCUGGUUGCGAUCUCUUUAGAGAGAUACAGUGCUAUCUGCAAACCGCUGCAGUCCCGAGUCUGGCAGACGAAAUCGCACGCCUCGAAGGUGAUUGCCGUGACCUGGUGCCUCUCCUUCACCAUCAUGACGCCAUACCCGAUUUACAGCAAGCUGGUGCCGCUCCAGAACAGCACGGCGAAUAUGUGCCGCUUCCUUUGGCCAAGCAAAGUGAUGCAGCAAUCUUGGUAUAUCUUCCAGCUGCUCAUCCUCUUCCUCAUCCCGGGGAUUGUAAUGAUGAUUGCAUAUGGCCUGAUCUCCUUAGAGCUCUACCGAGGAAUAAAAUUCGACGUCAGUCAGAGGAAGUCUUCACGAGAAAGGAAAAGCAGCACCAGCAGCAGCAGAGAUGAAGACGGGGAUGGAUGCUACCUGCAAAGAAGCAAGAAGAAGAAGGUGCCGCUCCAGCCGCUCCCGGCCAGCCUCGGCAGCCACAAAAUUGACCGCCCGCGAAGCAGCACCUCAACUGCCAACCUGUUGGCCAAGAAGCUGGUCAUCCGCAUGCUGAUUGUGAUUGUGAUCCUCUUCUUCAUCUGCUGGACUCCGGUCUUCAGCGUCAACACAUGGCGGGCCUUUGACACCUGGUCCGCCACCCUGCUCCUCACUGGAGCCCCCAUCUCUUUCAUCCACCUGCUCUCCUACACUUCCGCCUGCGUGAACCCCAUCAUCUACUGCUUCAUGAACAAGCGCUUCCGCAUGGGCUUCCUGGCUACCUUCACCUGCUGCAACAAGCCAAAAAUCCCCAUGGCCAGAGCAGAUAUGGCCGAGGAGGAGGAAGGGAAGACCACAGGAGCUUCCCUCUCCAGGUAUUCUUACACACACAUGAACGCGUCCGCUGUGCCAUGA